UCUGACAGUGCGUUAGUCUUGAACAAAAUGCCCGCUUAAAGAAUUUGUUAACUCGCUUGAACAUUAUGCUUACAUUAGUUAUAAUGUAAAAUAAAUGGAUAUUAGCAUGCACUGGAUUUCAUCCUCUAAUCCGUGGAGAUGUGAGCGAGGAUGGUCAUAAAGCGGAAAGACUUUCAAAAGGCAGCAGCCUUCAUCCAUGAGUUUUUACUAAAGCUCAAUGAAGAUGGCGAGUGUGCUGAGCUGCGUGACACCCUCAAUCUCGCCUUGCUGCACAUGCAGAAGUACUAUCGGAAACUACAGUCCCGGUCGCAGGAGAAGAACUGUCAGGCAACGUUACAGUUUGCGAGGGGAUUAAGUCCCUUAACACCGUUUGUCGACACUCCAGAUAAGUUCCAGUGGAAAUGGAUAAACUUAGACAUGCUGGGAAGGUUCGCCACAAAUAUGAGUGGAGCCGACAGCAUAAACUUUGUCACCUUACCAAAUGUGAUUGAAGCUGCUAAAAAUGGCACAAUUGAAGAACUUGAGAAUAUAAUUGCUCAAGACCCAGAGUGUAUAAACCUAGCUGAUGGAAUAGGGCGUUCAGCACUGACCUAUGCGGUUCACUUUGACCAAGAUGAGGCUCUGAAUGUGCUGCUGGAAAGUAAUGCUGAUGUCAACAUGAGAGCUCAUGAUGGCUCAACAGCUCUUCACAGGGCCUGUCAUGAUGGCAACCAUGUUGCACUGAGUUUGCUUCUUGACUACGGUGGCGACUUCAGUGUCCAGGACACCAAUGACAGGGCACCCAUCCACUGGGCCGUUACGACACCUAGCCAUGAAUGUCUUACUUUACUUCUGGAGCGGCUGGCCAACGUGGGUGUCCGCGACCAGGACGGCCUGACCCCGUCAAUGUGGGCGUGCCGAAUGGACAACAUCAAGCACUUCGAACUGAUCAGUCGGUGUGAGACCUGCUACGUGGCCGAACCGGACGGCAUAGAGCGAGAUAACUCACAGCGCACGUGGAUGCACUGGUCCGUCCGCAGGACUGAGCCUCUCGAAUGUCUCCAGACAUUGUUGACAGCUAGUACAGCUACACUCAAAGACGUUUAUGGCAAAACAGUACUACAUGUUGCUGCAGAAAUGGGUUCAUUGGCAGCUUGUCGGGUAAUCAUGGAAAUUGCAGACAAAACCUGCGUUCUUGACCGUGACAACAAUGGGCAGACGGCGCUGCACCUGGCAACGAUAGGUGGACAUGGCGAUGUGGUCAACUUCUUGCUGGAACAGGGCAUUGAUCUAAAUGUGGAAGAUCACCUGGGCGCCACGGCAUGGAACUAUGCUAGAAAUCAACAGCUGCACUACUGCCAGCUGAUUCUCAUGUCCCAUCAGCGACAACGUCUCUCCAACAACCGGGGCGCCACUGUAUCCAAGGGCAUGGGUUUAAUCGACAACAUCAGCCUCGUGAAUGGAGACAUGCAGAUGCACCCGGACUUCUACAACAGCAGAGAAAGUAGCUGGAAGGGGAAAUCGGGAAACACCACGCCAAUCACCCCCCCUCACCCUCCGAAACGUCCGAGAACAGGUCGUCUUCCUAUUACCAGAAGAGCCAAGAGUCUGUCUACCUCACAACAGGGUGACCCGUCACUAACGGUGAACGCAGAGAGGGCGGUGAACAGUGCAGGGAAGGAGAGAAAGAAGGAGAGAAUAGAGGUGAGCAUUGAUACGAAGAGGGCCUCAGGAAUGGCGUUUUAUAACAAUGGUCGAGAAGAGAGUGCCAUGCUCACUGAUGAACAAUAUGGUGAGGAAGCAGUUGAUGAAGAUGUUGAUGCCGUCAGCGUGGGUGGGAUGGACGUUUCUGACAUUGAUGACGACGAGGCACGACCGAAAUCGCCGACCGUGACUGGACAAACUCAACCACUACCCAUGCGACCCUGUCCACCUCCACGCUACAGAACCCCACACAUGGCAGCGGUCUCAUACCCACAGGAACCUUCAUACCCGGCAUCAACACUGAAACGAAACCAUGCAGACCACAAAGAGACGGAAUCACAAAAUGACAUCGUACAUGAUGACAUUGAUGCACAUCCACCUCCACAUCGCUAUGUUUCGAACCCGACUCAGCGUCAGCAGGGGCAGCAGCAACAACAUCAUCAACAACAACAGCAACAGCAGGUGCAGCAGGGCCCAAUCCAUGAGCCUUUUCGUUCUGGUCUGAUGCAACGCCAACAGCUGUAUCAAGGUCAUGGACUGUAUCGAUCAGGUCGUGGCGGGGUCAUUCCGUCGGCUCCGUCGAACAUUCCUCAGAGGCCGCAUGCAAUCAGACAGCACGUGCCACUUCCAGCACACCCAGGGGCCAGGGACCACCCAGUGGCGCCCCCUAGAGCACGGAGUCGGGAGCGGGAACAAGUCGGCAGUCCUCCCCUAUCGAGUGGUUCGGAUCAGCCGAGUGGAAAGUCUGGUCCACGCGGCACGAGUCCAGAUGAAGCAAACCGACCAAAUUCUGGAGGCACCAAGCCACCUGGAAUCCUUGAGGGCAGAAGAAUACAGCCUCCACCAAUGCUUACUCCACUUCCAAAUGCUCCGAAACCACCAAACGGAGACAGGUUUGAGAAAGCCGAAAAGAAGAAAAAGAAGAAAAGACUUGACAAAGAGCAAGACACGAAGUCUCCACCCCAGAACCCACUGGACAUCCCCCAGCCCCGAGGAUAUGCUGCACCUCUUCAUCCCUUCCCUCAGGGACAGCAACAGGGCAGGGUUCAGUCUGGCCUCCCUUCGGGGCCGCGGAUCUCCAAACACGAACCACAGUAUCAUGAACCACGACAUGCUGGUGAGUCGGCUGAUGAAGAUCCGGUUGUAAAUGGAUAUUCAGUCGGGACUCAGGACGUUCCUGCCAGCUCCCCACAGAAAACAGGUGACAAGUCACAGCCAAUGGAAGGUGAGGACACAUAUGAUGAUGGGAAUGCUGACAAUUAUAUGCAGCCAUGCAUUGCUGAGGAGGAUGAGUUGGAGAGUGGCCCCUUGAUUCCUCCACCACAGGGAUUUCAGUCUACUAUUCAAGGAAGACAACUCUCUCAGUCGGUUCCACAGGACACGAAACAAUCGAGGAUGCUCCCUACCAGUGCUAAACCACCGUUACCACGGGGACGGAACAGUGCUUCGAUGUUUGGUCGGGGCAGUGUUCAGAACUAUGGACGGAGUUCCCGGAGCUCGCUGUCUUCUCGCAGCUCGGCUGUCAGGCGCACACCACGCCCCCCGACAAGUCGAUCAGAAAACUAAGAGUUUUUCACGACCUACAUGGACAUUUUCGUGUAAUAUAGAGAAUACAGGAACUAAGCUUCUGUAGUUUUACAUCCAUGGGGUUACCAGUUGAUUUAUCCCCAACAGAAUUUAAAAUCCAAAAUUUAUUGAAAUAUUUGCAUUGGUCUACAUGUUUGCUUCCAUUUUUAUUUUAUUUCUAUUUUAAGGGACCAUCAAAACAGGGCUUGAAACGGCCUGUGGAUAGGUCGCCAAAUGCGACCAAUGUCCUGUUUGGGCGACUUAAAUAUUAAAAAAUAAUGGCAUUACUUUAGAGCUAUAACAUAUGAACCACUAUUAAUAUUUGUAUCGCAUAUAUUUAUUCCACAUUAAAAUCUUGCUCAUGGUUCACUUACCGUAACUUGCCAACAUCCAUUAUUAUUUUUUGGGCCACCAUAUUUUUGGUGAGUUUUGAGCCCUGCAUCAAAAUCGUAUCCAAAUUAUUAAAAACUUUAGAAUGAUAACCAUAAACUAUUUUCAUUAAAAUAUACACCCACUACUUUUAUCGAUUAUAGAUCACUAAUUAACCAAGUAAUGCCAUAGCAUCUUUUGUCCAGCCCCCUUUCUGUCCUGGACAUUUGUCCAUGUUGCUAAACUGUGUCCCCAGCACAGUGUGCUUGAACCUUAAUUGCAUUUAAACACGUCAAAUACUUAUAAGUAAGUAAUUAAGUAAUAUUAGCAACAUGGCACUUUACAAAGAAAGAAAGAGAACAAUGUCAAAUUAUAGCACUGACAAGUGCUUUAAAGGCAUACAGUCACGGAUUUAAGGACCUUAUUUCUCUAAAAAUGGAUAAUAACUAAAAAUUACAUUAAUUGUUGGAAACCAAAUCACCUAA